AUGAUGCAGCCGCACGCAAAACGAUGGCGGAGUCUGGCUGGAGCAGGAGUGCUUGUGCUCGGUGCUGCCGUGGUCGGUUUGGCGUACAACAAGAAGCAAGUCCACACUACGGCAUCACCGAGAACUUCGGGUGCUAAUUUGGUGGGCGUCGUCGUAACCCCUUCAGACAGUACUCCGGAGAAGACAAUCCAGAUCCCUCCACGCCCUUUCCCGAAGGUAGCUUUGCCGGCACCAAAAGAAAAAGUAGCUGCCGUUGCUACGGAUGAAGUAGCUCCGCUUUCCUUUGAGGCACUCAACUUCUACCACAUCCGGGACGGCAAGCCAGCGCAGGACUACACCUGGCUCAGGGAUGUGAAGCUCAUCGAACCCCACCGAGAGACAACCCUCCUGGUUUCAUCGCCGCGCGACGGCUACGACUACAUCUGGGAGGUUCACGCCGGUGAGACGGACGAGGGCGAUCUUAUCGCAACGGCGAGCGGGGCUGAGGCCGUUGUAACCCUGACGGUUCUCGACGACAGCAUGAUAACUGUGAAGGAGGUACUCCCCGAUGGGGAGAUCGUGCGGCAGCUGGACGAGAUGGUCAUGGUCAAGUACGUUCGAAGGGAGAUCAGGACUCUCACGGAUGAGGAGCGAGUCGAGCUGUUGGAUGCGAUGCACCAGAUUUGGACGGUGCGAGUGAGCGGCGGUAACGGAAUCGAGCUGUUCGGGGACGGCUAUGCGGAUAUUUCCUCCAUCAACCGCCUGCACUUCAAGGCAGCACAGAACAAAAGCUGCGACCACUUCCACGACGGCCUUGGGUUCUUAACCAGCCACUCGAUGCUCACGAACACGUUUGAGUACAGCCUGCAGCGUGUGAACCCCAAGCUGACCGUGCCGUACUGGGACUUCACCAUCGAGUACCAUGAGGCGGAAAUCGCUGGCGAUGACAACGAAAUGACGAUCAACUCGCCGCUUUUCCAAGAGUCUUGGUUCGGCACGGCGGAUCCUGUUGACAACGUGGUGAAGGACGGCCGUUGGGCAAACACCGAGAUCCCGGCGAUGGACCCCAGCAGUCCUGGGGAACUGAUUCCGGACGUGUACGGCCUCCUCCGCUCUCGCUGGACCAUCAACUCGUCACCGUACCUGACACGGGGAUUGGGAAAGUUGUGCGACGGGUCCGUUGUCGACACGUACGGUUGGCCAUCAUGCGAGGAACACCACAACUUGGUGAUGGACUACGACGACUUCUACUCGUGGGUGUCCAAGAGCAUGUAUUCCCCUCACGGGCCGGUGCACACCUGGAUCGGGGGGGUGCUCAACUGCGAGGACACCAUCAGCUCCGUCAGCAGCCUCGUUGGGGAGAAGAACGCCAACUCGCUCUCGCUGAAAACCUUCGACCAGCGUAAAAACCUCUGGCGCGACGGCUUCUUCGAGUGCGAGGGCUCCGCCGCCGUAGGCACCCCAGCUGACGAGCUCCUCUCGUCGGGUAAAUGCGGGUGCCUCGGCUACGACCUCAGCCAGGGAGACGACUGGAAGACCAUCUACACCAACUCCACCGUGGAUUUCGACGACGUCAUAGGCGACUACGACGACGAGACCAAGCGCCAGGUGGUCGCGGCCGUGUGUGCUUCCACCAUUUUCGACGGCGACCACUUGCAUGCGGGCUCCUCCCUGGACCCCACUUUUUGGGCGAUGCACCCCACGAUGGAACGCCUGUUCAUGUUCUCGUCGCUGACGGGACAACUCACCGACUUCCACUGGCCGGACUCCGAGUUUUCCUACACCGACUCUGACGGCAAUAUCGUCGUCGAGACGACCGGCAUUUACGGCGACACUUGUCAUGGCCACGGCGGAAGCGACGUGUUCCCCUUUGACUUACUUGACGGCGACGACGACGCCUUUCAGAUCAAGACCGGCAUGCCGGGAAACGGAGAAACUGGCAACAAACUCACGAAUCGGGAGGUCCUAGCAGUCCUGGAUGCCCGGUUCAACAUGCUGCCGUAUGUGUACGACAACUUCAGGUGGGACCAUUGCCUGAAAGACGGCAUCGACUUCGAAGACGCCUGGGAUGCUUCGACGUCGUCGAGCGCCGACAACAAGGGAUAG